UCUAAGGCAUUCUUGUAACAAUGGAGAAGGAUAACAGCAACAAGAAGAGUCUCUCUGAACAACUCAAGCACACGAAUUCCCCGGUGUUCUCCACCGCCAUUUUCUCCUUCAUAAUGCUGCUUGUUGUGGUGGGAACAAUGCUCUCAAACAUGUCUCUAGAGUCAACUUUCUUCUGGACUUCACCGACCUCUGAGGUAAUCACAAUGGAGAGAAAGCCACUGGCUCCUCCUAAGAACAGCACAAGCAGAUACAGAAUCUCUUGGCUUCGUUCUCAUCUCAAAGAAUUCGAGGUUUUCAAGUCAACCAACCUUUCAGAGAAGUUUCACCAAAGGGUUCUUGAGUCUUUAAAUGAUGAAUGUGAGGUUAGAUUCUUCAUGACAUGGUUUUCACCAGCAGAUUAUUUCGGCAAGAGAGAAUUUCUAGCUGUAGAAAGCGUCUUUAAAUCUCAUCCUCAAGGCUGCUUGAUGAUCGUUUCAGGAUCCAUGGACUCUCCACAAGGAAGUACCAUCCUUAAACCAAUAAGUGAUCUUGGUUACAAGGUGUUUGCAGCCACACCAGACGUCUCAUCCCUUCUUGAGAACACACCGGCCAAAACUUGGUUUCAAGAAAUGAAAAGCUGCAAAAGAGAUCCAGGGAGGAUACCGUUAUCUCAGAACCUUUCAAACCUCGCGAGGCUAGCGAUUCUAUACAAGUACGGAGGCGUGUACCUGGACACGGACUUCAUCGUCACUAGAAGCUUUAAAGGGUUGAAGAACUCAAUAGGAGCGCAAACAGUUGUGGAAGGAGAUUCAAAGAACUGGACAAGGCUGAACAAUGCGGUUCUUGUCUUUGAGAAAGAACACCCUCUUGUUUACAGCUUCAUGGAGGAGUUUGCUUCCACUUUUGAUGGGAACAGAUGGGGAAACAAUGGUCCUUACUUGGUGACAAGAGUAGUGCAGAGAGCACAAGAGACUAUAGGGAACAGUUUCACAGUAUUGCAACCAGUAGCGUUCUAUCCAUUUAAUUGGAUAGACAUUCAAAGAUUGUUUCAGACGCCAAGGAGUAGAAAUGACUCAACAUUACUCAAAGCCGAUCUGAUCAAGCUGAACCAGGAAAGCUAUGGACUGCAUCUGUGGAACAAGAUUACUAAAAAGCUUAAGAUCGAAAAAGGCAGUGCUAUAGACAUCAUAAUUUCAGAACAUUGUGUUGUUUGCAAAGGAAUCCAAAGAUGAAGAGAAUCAAAUCAAUGUCUACGACUCUUAACUCUAAUCUCGAUUGUCUAAUUUUGUGUAAGAUUUUGUCCUAAGCCCUAAAUGGUAAACUCUUUUUCACUUCAUAGUCAAAUACAUGAUGUUUGAUA